AUGUCGACAGACUACAAUUAUGACGACAAGGGACAAUUCUUCCCCUUUUUCGUCCUCACCCUGACGAGUCUCGUCACUUUCCCUCUGACGUACAAUCUCCUCCGGCCGAGCAAGGGACUGGAGAACACCGCACCGCGGAUAAAAUCAGACUUCAAGCCCGAACAUGGCGACCUCAUUGACGCGCAGAAGCGCAGGCGUCUGCGCAAGGAACGCCGGAUCAAGCGCAUUGUCACCGUCGUGGUGGGCUACGCUGUCAUGGCUUGGAUGGCAUAUUUGAUCGUCGUCACAGCACGGACAGUACCCAAGAUUUGGGAUCCGUAUGACAUUCUUGGUAUCUCACGGAGCGCCGACGAGAAAGCGAUCUCCAGGCACUACAAGCGCCUUUCACUCGUCUACCACCCCGACAAGAUCCGCCCCGAUCCCGCCAAGAAUGAGACCAUCGAGAUGCUCAACGAGCGCUUCGUCGAGCUCACCAAGGCCUACAAGGCAUUGACCGACGAGGAAGUUCGCAACAACUACAUUCAGUACGGCCACCCAGACGGCAAGCAGAGCAUGAGCAUCGGUAUUGCUCUUCCCACGUUCAUUGUCUCGGAAGGCUACUCCAAGUACACCCUGCUGGUCUAUGGUGCUCUGCUUGGCGUUCUUCUUCCAUACAUUGUCGGCCGCUGGUGGUACGGCUCGCAGCGUUACACCAAGGAGCGCGUUCUCGUCGCAAGUGCUGGAAACAUCUUCCGGGAAUACAGAGACGACAUUACCGAUGGCGGAAUAAUCAAUGCGCUGUCCUCCGGCGAUGAGUUUAAGGAGAUGUUGCAAGGACCCCGGUCCGAUGCUGGAUUGGCGAAGCUUGAGAAGAAGGUCCUGGCGGAAGAUCCCUCGUAUCUGACUCCCGAGGACCGCGCGGUCAUCAAGGGACUCGAUGAUUCGAGCAGACGGAAGGCGCUAGCGUUACUCUGGGCCUAUCUCGGUCGCGUUGAUCUGGGAGACGCCACGCUCAAUGGAGAAAAAUACGAAGCCGCCCCUAUCGCCCUUUCACUGAACGAAGCUUUCACGGCCAUCGCCCUAGCCUUUGGUAAUCUCCGACCAAUCCUCGGAUCCUUCCGCACCGCACAGCACAUCAUCCAAGCCGUCGCACCUGGCUCCUCUCCACUCCUCCAGUUGCCGCACUUCACGCCGGAACUCGUGCAGACCAUUGGGGGCGCCGACAACAAGGAACACCUCACUGUGCAAAAGUUCAUGUCCAUCCCGGAAGCCGAGCGCUACAGCCUCACCGUAGGCGCCGGCCUCCUGAAUGAGAAGCAAUACACGACCGCUAUCAACGUUGCCAAACAGCUCCCCGUUCUCGAGGUGUCCCGGGCCUUUUUCAAGGUGAUGGGCGAGAAGGUCAUCACGCCGAGCAGUCUGGUGCAACUCGUUGUCAAAGCGCGCUUCAUCCCCCCCGGUUCCGCUAACGUCCCCGCCCCUACUUCCGCCGACCUCGAGGACAUCGAUCCUGACGAGGAUGACCUCGACGCUAUUAUGGGCCGCAACGGCAAGAAGACAAAGGUGGUAAACGGCCAGAGGGUCGAAGAAACUAAGUCCGAACCCGUUCAACCUCCGCUCGCGCACGCCCCCUACCUCGCCCGCGACCACUCCCCGCGCUGGCAUAUCUUCCUGGCCGACGCCAAACAGGGCAAGAUGGCUGUGCCCCCCUUCACCUUCACCACAUUUGACAAGCCACUCUUCGACCCCGUCACCGGCAAGCCCACGUUCAACGUGCAGACCCUCAAGAUGCAGUUCCAGGCUCCACCCCAGGUCGGUGACUUCACUUUUGUGAUGCACAUGCUCUGCGACAGUUAUUUGGGCCUCGACACGAAGAUGGAAAUCACCCUGCACAUCGACGAUCCCGCCAAGGCCGCGGCUUUGGACGAGGAAGAUGAUAUCAGUGAGCCUGAUGAGGGUGAGUUCCCUAACGAACGCCUCCUUACACAAAUGAUCAAAGACCGUGAGAACCUAACGAUUUCUGAAAUCAUAGACUCGAUAGCCGGCCAAAUGCAAGCCCUAAAGACCGGCCAAGCCCCCAAGAAGAAGGCCAAGAAACCUUCGGCGGAGUCUAGCGAGGACGAGGAGAGUGAUACCGAUGGUGAUGCAGGCGAUACUAGUGACACGAACACGGAGACGGAUAUCGAUGAUGAUGAUUGA